AUGAUUGGAAACAAUGUACAAACUCUUUUCUCCCACUGGAUGUUCCCAGAUGGGACUCAUCAGUACAGUGGGAUACUCCAGCUUUUGCUGCAUUUCAAUUGGAUGUGGAUUGGGGUACUUUCUAAGAAUGAUGAUACUGGAGAGCAAUUUGUACAAAAUGUACUUCCCAUGUUUGCCCAGAGGGGUAUCUGCUUUGAUUUUAUAGGAAGAUUUCCUAAACUGAAGUUUUCUGGAGAGCUCAGUGAAAUGGUGGCUGAUGGUUCUGAAACAAUCCGUGUUAUUAUGGGAAGCACUGCCAAUGUUGUGGUUGUUAAUGGUGAAAUUGAUACCAUUAUGGUAUUGAGAAUGAUGCCAAAGGUUGCAGAAAUACACGAUAUACUAAUGAAUGCCACAUCAAAAGUCUGGAUAAUGACUGCACAGAUGGAAUUCACCUCAUUCCCCUUUCAGAGGAGUUGGGAAAUUGAUUUCCUCCAUGGUGCUCUCUCCUUGGCAGUUUCCUCAAAGGAACCUGCAGGAUUCCAGAAAUUUGUUCAAAUGAGAAACCCUGCCUCAGAAAGAGACGACAGCUUUCUCCGGGUUUUUUGGGAACAGGCAUUCAUCUGUUCUUUCUCCAAUGCUUCAUUAAAUAAGGAACUUGAGGAAUCAUGCACUGGGGAAGAGAAGGUUGACAGCCUUCCUGGUUCCGUUUUUGAAAUGAGCAUGACUGCCCAAAGCUACAGUGUCUACAAUGCUCUAUAUACUGUGGCACAUGCUUUGCAUGCCAUGCAAUGCUCCAGGUUCAAAAUUGGAGCAAUGGCAAAUGGAAUGACAUUGGACUAUCUGAACCAAGAAACAUGGCAGGUACAAUUCUGA